AUGACCGAGGAAACCACCAUCUCCAAGCCACCUUUGGAGGUCAGAAACGGCACUGAUGCCACAGUCGGCAAGGGCUUGCCGUUCACGUUCGGUAGACGGAUUUUGGAGAACGAAGAGGACGUUUUCACUCACAAUGCUUGGGACCAUGCGGAAUGGGGCCAAGAGCAGAUCGACCAGGCCAAGGAGCUUAUCGCCAAGCAGUACGACCAUCCUGUCAGCGAGUUCGACAAGAAGAUGUACAACGAGAAUCCCGCCAAGUUCUGGGACAUUUUCUACAAAAACAACGGAGAGAAGUUCUUCAAGGACCGCAACUGGCUCCAGAUCGAGUUUCCAUUGUUGUUCGAGGUCACUAGCGCCGACUACCAGGACCCCUGUACCAUUUUGGAGAUCGGCUGCGGUGCUGGGAACACCUUCUACCCUAUCUUGAACCAGAACAAGAACCCUCACUUGAAGAUCUACGGAUGUGACUACCUGAAGGUGGCUGUGGAUGUAGUCAAGUCCAACGAGCAGUUCCAGCCCAACCACGACAAGGGAGUGGCAUACUCGUCAGUGUGGGACUUGGCCAACCCCGAGGGCCAGAUUCCUGACGAUAUGGAGCCCCACUCCGUCGAUAUCGUCAUCAUGGUAUUCGUGUUUCUGGCCUUGAACCCCAACCAGUGGGCCCAGGCUGUGAAGAACCUCGCCAAGGUAUUGAAACCAGGAGGAAAAAUCUUGUUCCGUGACUACGGCAGGUACGACUUGGCACAGGUCAGAUUCAAGAAGGAACGCUUGUUGGAGGACAACUUCUACAUCCGAGGCGACGGAACCAGAGUGUACUUUUUCACCGAGGAUGAGUUGCGGGAGAUUUUUGGCACCAUGGGCGGGUUCAAGGAGGUCAAGAUCGCCACCGACAGACGGUUGUUGGUGAAUAGAAAGAAGCAGUUUAAGAUGUACAGAAACUGGCUCCAGGCGAUGUUUGAGGUGGCAUGA